CUGCAUAGCCACGUAUUAUCCCCCGCCCCCUCCCUCUCACUCAGUUUGCCUAUUCGCCAUCCUUCACCAUUGCUACCCCUCAAUUCCGUCGGACCUUUUAUCUACCCGCCCUCCUCGUCCUUCUCGUGGGCGUUUUCCUCGUCACCGUGGCUCCUCCGCUUCGCAUUUCCUCCCCCACCUUUCGACUCACUUCAGUCCUGGGCCAUUUCCGUGGCUCUCGACUGCCCACUGCACUCAAUCCAGGGUUGACGAACCUCCGCAAAUCUCUCACCACCGCCAGCAUGGCCCCCGAGCACCUCCGCCGACCUCCUCAGGCUCCUCCCGUCUUCACGGCCACCGCCCAGUCCAUCCUCGACGACGCCAACCGGCUCAUUGCCAGCUCCCGCAAGAUCCAGGACGAUGUCGUCGCCACCGUCAAGCCCGAGUCGGCCACCUUCGACGCCGUCGUGAAGCGCCUGGCCCACGAUGAGAACGCUAUUGCGCUGGAAUCCCACAUCCUCGGCUUCUACCAAGCGGUGUCGACCGAGCAGGAGCUGCGGGACGCCUCGUCCAAGGCCGAAGCGCUGAUGGACGAGUUCUUCAUUGAGGCCGUCAUGCGUGAGGACGUGUUCACGCUCGUCGACGCCGUGCUGAAGAAGGACGAGUCGCUGGAUCCGGAGUCCCGCCGGCUGCUGGAGAAGGAGCACAAGAGCUACAUCCGCAACGGCCUGGGUCUGCCGGCCGGCCCGCAGCGGGACCGCUUCAAGGAGAUCAAGAAGCGGCUGAGCCAGAUCAGCAUCGAGUUCCAGAAGAACCUCAACGAGGAGAGCGGGGGCAUCUGGUUCACCCCGGAGCAGCUGGACGGGGUCCCCGAGGAUGUCCUGUCCGGCCUGAAGAAAGGCGAGGGCGAGCAUGAGGGCAAGCUCUGGCUGACCUUCAAGUACCCGGACCUCUUCCCCACCAUGAAGUACGCUAAGAACGCGGAAACCCGCAAGCAGGUCACCAUCGAGAACGAGAACAAGUGCAAUCAGAACGUGCCCCUCUUCCAGGAGGCCAUCAUCCUGCGGGACGAGGCGGCCCGCCUGCUCGGAUACCCCAACCACGCCGCAUUCCGCAUCGAGGACAAGAUGGCUAAGACGCCCAAGACCGUGAACGACUUCCUGGGCGACCUGCGCUCCCGCCUCACGGCCGGGGGCCAGAAGGAGCUCAAGACCCUCCUGGAGCUGAAGGAGAAGGACGUCGAGUCCCGUGGAGAGAAGUUCGACGGCCACUACUACCUGUGGGACAACCGCUUCUACGACCGUCUCUUGCUGGAGCAGGAGUACUCGCUCGACCAGCAGCUCAUCGCGGAGUACUUCCCCCUGCAGACCACCAUCGAGGGCAUGCUCAAGAUCUUCGAGGAGCUGUUCGGCCUUGUCUUUGUGGAAAUCACGGGCGAAGACCGCGAGAAGGUGGCUCCCACGGGCAAGGGCAGCGACAUUGUCUGGCACGAGGAAGUCCAGAUCUUUAGUGUUUGGAACGACGAAUCCGAAGGCAGCGGGUUUGUGGGCUACCUCUACCUGGACCUGUUCCCCCGUACCGGAAAGUACGGCCAUGCCGCCAACUUCAACCUGCAGCCGGGAUUCAUCGACGCCGACGGCAACCGCCGCUACCCGGCGACCGCGCUGGUGUGCAACUUCACCAAGCCCACCCCCAAGAAGCCGAGUCUGCUGAAGCACGACGAGGUCGUGACGCUCUUCCACGAGCUGGGCCACGGCAUCCACGACCUGGUGUCGAAGACCAUUUACUCGCGCUUCCACGGCACGAGCACCGUGCGCGACUUCGUCGAGGCCCCCAGCCAGAUGCUGGAGAACUGGUGCUGGACGCCCUCGCAGCUGAAGUCCCUCAGCCGGCACUACUCGACCCUGUCGCCGGAGUACCUGGCUGCGUGGAAGGAGCAGGCCGACGGCAAGACCCCGCCCGCCGAGAACAUCCCGGACGAGGUCAUCGCGAACCUCAUCCGCACCAAGCACGUCAACGACGCCCUCUUCAACCUGCGCCAGCUGCACUUCGGCAUCUUCGACAUGACCGUCCAUCAGCCCGAGAGCCACGAGCACAUCAAGAACCUGCCCAUCUCUGCCACCUACAACCGCCUGCGCCACGAGAUCACCCAGAUCGAGGGGCCCGAGAGUUUGGGGCUCGGCGAGGAAUGGGGCCACGGUGAGGCCACCUUUGGUCAUUUGAUCGGUGGGUAUGAUGCGGGAUACUAUGGCUAUCUGAGCUCGCAAGUCUACUCCACCGAUAUGUUCUACACCGUCUUCAAGGAGAGCCCCAUGAACCCCGAGGCCGGCCGUCGCUACCGCUUCAAGGUCCUGGAGAAGGGCGGCAGUCAGGAUGAGAUGUCCAUCUUGACGGACUUCCUGGGCCGCCCACCUAAGACUGAUGCCUUUUACAAGGAUAUGGGGUUGGCUUGAGUGGUUCGGGGGUGAGUUGUUAAUUAUGAGUUGAAUGAAUGAGAUAUACAAGAUAUAUACCAGUGGAAAUCAAUGGAUAAUUGCCUAUGAA